GGGCGCUGCCAGUCUCGGGCUGAGGUGUCCGGCGCGCGGGCGGCCUGCUGGGCGGGCUGAGAGGAGAGAGCGGCGCGCGCGGGCGAGGCGGCGAGAGACAGCUGGCGAGCCACCGCGGCGACAGGCUUCCUACUUACAAAGACGAUGACUACUGAUGAAGGUGCCAAGAGCAGUGGAGAAAGCCCAGCAGCCACUGUUGCUGAACAAGGAGAGGAUGUCACCCCAAAAAAAGACAGAGGGGUAUUAAAGAUUGUCAAAAGAGUGGGGAAUAGCGAGGAAACACCAAUGAUUGGUGACAAAGUUUAUGUCCAUUACAAAGGAAAAUUGUCAAAUGGAAAGAAGUUUGAUUCCAGCCAUGAUAGAAAUGAACCAUUUGUUUUUAGUCUUGGCAAAGGCCAGGUUAUCAAGGCCUGGGACAUCGGAGUGGCCACCAUGAAGAAAGGGGAGCUCUGCCAUUUGCUCUGCAAGCCAGAAUACGCGUAUGGCUCGGCCGGCAGCCUCCCUAAAAUUCCUGCAAAUGCAACUCUCUUUUUUGAGAUUGAGCUCCUUGAUUUCAAAGGAGAGGAUUUAUUUGAAGAUGGAGGCAUCAUCCGCAGAAUCAAACGGAAAGGAGAGGGAUAUUCCAACCCAAAUGAAGGAGCCACAGUAGACAUCCACCUGGAAGGCCGCUAUGGUGGAAGGAUGUUUGAUUGCAGAGAUGUGGUAUUCAUUGUUGGUGAAGGAGAAGACCACGACAUUCCUAUUGGAAUUGACAAAGCCAUGGAGAAAAUGCAGCGGGAAGAACAGUGUAUUUUAUAUCUUGGUCCACGAUAUGGUUUUGGAGAGGCAGGGAAGCCUAAAUUUGGCAUUGAACCUAAUGCUGAGCUUAUAUAUGAAGUAACACUUAAGAGCUUCGAAAAGGCCAAAGAAUCCUGGGAGAUGGACACCAAAGAAAAACUGGAGCAGGCUGCCAUUGUCAAAGAAAAGGGAACUGUGUACUUCAAGGGAGGGAAAUAUAUGCAGGCGGUAAUUCAGUAUGGGAAGAUAGUAUCCUGGCUAGAGAUGGAGUACGGUUUAUCAGAGAAGGAACUGAAAGCAUCUGAAUCAUUUCUGCUUGCUGCUUUUCUGAACCUGGCCAUGUGCUACCUGAAGCUGAGAGAAUACGCCAAAGCUGUGGAAUGCUGCGACAAGGCCCUUGGACUAGACAGUGCCAACGAAAAAGGCUUGUACAGGAGGGGUGAAGCCCAGUUGCUCAUGAAUGAGUUCGAGUCAGCCAAAGGCGACUUUGAGAAAGUGUUGGAAAUAAAUCCCCAGAAUAAGGCUGCCAGACUGCAGAUCUCCAUGUGCCAGAAAAAGGCAAAGGAACACAAUGAGCGGGACCGUAGGAUCUACGCCAACAUGUUCAAGAAGUUUGCGGAGCAGGAUGCAAAGGAAGAGGCCAGUAAAGCAAUGAGCAAGAAGACUUUAGAGGGGGCCACCAGUGAAAAGGAGACAGAAAGCAAAAGAAUAGAAGAAGGGAAACCUGAAGGCCACCUAUGACACCACGCCAAGGAGGGAAGAGAGUCCAGAGAACUCGGCCCCUCCUCCCUGGGCGUUCACCCAACUCAGGACUAAAGGGUAUUUAGUGUCAAGUUUGUUAGUCUCUGUGAUUCUGGAAGCAAAGAGCACAACCGGUGGCUUCCCAAAACAGCCCCCCUGCUGCUGCCCCCUAGGUUCACUGAGGGGUGGCAGGGACCACUCCAGCAGGAUGGGACAGGGAGGGCUGCUGGCGCAGAUGGAGCCUCGGCCGGGCCGGCUGCUACUUCAGUUCAUGUCAGCUCUCAGGACCCACUGCAGGGUCUCUUGAGUAAUCCUAACAAUUCGGCACUGUUAGAUUUUACAUUUGAACCUUAAUAGCACUGCAGAAAUCUUUAAAAAAAAAAAAAAUGCUUAAAGAAUUUCUCCUUCCCUUCAGGUGGGCAGAGUGAGGGAAGGAGGGCAAGAGUUUGCUUUUAAAUGACUGAAGUGCUGUGAAUGCAGCUCGUUGCAUUUACAGCCAGCAGAGCCCACAGUGCAGGGCUCGCGGUCCUCCCAGCCCUACAGCAGGGUCACAGAUUCGAAAGCCAGAAGCUCCAAAGCCACGUGCUGGCUGGCGUGGCUGCUUCCAACCCCCACCCACAGCCCGGCCCUGGGCAACCUGCUGCUGGUCCUCAGACCCACUUCCCGCUUCCCGCAAGCAGCGAAUGAGCAGUGGGAGCUGCUGGGCGAGCUUUCCCUGUCUUGGAUGAAAUUCUGAGGUGCUGAAAUGUGAAGAGAGCAGUCAGCAUUGUGUUUUUGCUUCCCUCGCUGUUCCUCUUAGGAAACAAUGAUAAUACCUUGUACUUCCUGCCAACACUGCUGCUGUUCAGCUUGUUUCCAUUCUAGGCCUUGCUAUUAAGAAUUUAAAACUUGUUCUUAUAUCUCUGACCUGGAGUCGAUUUAUUUACAUAUCCAUUUAGGAUCCAGGCAGCUUUUAUGUCUUUCUUUUUUCUUUUUCUUUUUUUUUUUUUUAAUUACUGGCCCAUAAACAUGUAUAUUGGUUUAUGGAACUUUACACUCCUCUAUCAUACAAGUCAUUUUGACCUUUUACAGCUUAGUAGCUUAAUUUUUUUUUUUUUAAGUGUAAGAGAUUGAAAACUAAGCAUUUGCUCUUCUCAUGAAAGGUUUCCUGCAGGUGUGACAGGCAGGGGUUCUACCUCCCUGUGCUGCUAGCUUCUCUUUGUCUGGCACGAACCCCUGUGAAAGGCGGGAAGGCUUCCUGUGCAGGCACACAUACCUAAAUCUGCAGUCCUCGGGCAUUGACUGAGAGCAAGUCCUAAGACAAGGAUAUGUAUGUAGUUGAAUGUUAGUCCUAUGGAGUGUGGCUUUCUUUCUGACAGCCUAAGAAAUACGGGAAAGCAUUUGUCCACCCAAGGAACCAUUUGCCUAAACCUAGAACGUCUCACUUUCUUAAACCCUAAAGAACACUGGCAGUUGCAUUUUAGAUUUGUUUGGGUUUUUUUU